GUGAUAUUAGAGGCGUAAGCUGGUUACCGGCUCCCUAUGCGCGUCCCGCGUCGUCAACUUGUGAUAUUAGAGACGUAAGCUGGUUCCCGGUUCCCUAUGCGCGUCGUCAAGAACGGGAUAUCGCUGACAUGACGCAAAGAAGGGGAAAUGUCACUAAUCGCAACCUGUCACUGGUUAAUGUUAUCAGCAUGAGUGUGCACGUGUGACUGUAUAUGAGCAGAGGCUUCAUGUUGUAAAUACCGAGAUUGAAAAUGGAAUCAGAUAUAGCUUCUACUUCAAAAGUUCAGGAGUGUACUGAAAAGAAGCAGGAAAAACCGUCCCCUGAAAGAAGCUGGAGAGUUAUCUCCCCCUUGAAGAGACUGCCAUCCCAGCCUGGCAACAUGAGGUUAUUUUCACCAGUCGAUAGUGACCAGGAACUCAAUGACCUGGAAGUCGAAAAUGCUUUUGGAGAUGGAGUGGAACCUGACUCAAGCCAGUCACUCUUGUCGCCAACCAAAGCAAGAAGAUAUGAGACUCCUGGCAAACUCAACCUAUCGCCUUUCAGGCCCUCAACAGUGAUGACCAACCUCCAUCGUGGCAAUGUACAGACUAUGACACCAUCCAUAGUAGAACACAUGAGUAUCCACCAGAUGGCUGCCCAGGGGGAGCUGGUCAUGCUGCAGCAGGAGAUUCAGGAAGGAUCGGACAUCAACAAGCUGGACGAGCAGGGACUGACAGCUCUACACUGGGCUUGUGCCAAUGGUCAGAUGCCCACUAUGGAGUUUCUUGUACAGAGUGGAGCAGACAUCAACCUGUCUGGCAACCAUGGGGAGAAUGCCCUCCUACUGUCCAGUUGCUAUGGUUACAAGGAGAUUGUGAAGUAUUUACUUCAGCUUGGCAUGGAUGUCAACUGUACAGAUGAGAGUGGUAGCACAGCCCUGAUGUACGCAGCCUACAACAACCAUCCAACCUGCAUCACUGCCCUGCUGGAGUUCGGGGCAGACAUCACAGCCACCAAUGAAGACAUGUUGACAGCCUUCGACCUCACUAUUGGACAGGAUCACAAACUAGGUUUGUGCAGCUCCAUUCAUCUGAGCUGUCAGCUCAACACGCCAUAGAGAAGCACAUGCUCUCAAUGUUCGAGGGACUGACGUGACAACAGCAGAGGUGGCCGAUAUGACGUCUCCAGCCAUAGCAUGUGACGAGUGCUUUAUUUCCAGUGUCUGGCUUCAUGAUUCCUGGGCCUGUCCUGGACACUGGGGCUCACAGUGCUACACAAAUCUCUUGGCAAAACAAAAUAAUUGUUCAUUGAUCCACCCAAACUGGUAUCGUUAUUCUACCAUGAAUAAGAGGAAGACUUGUGUAUUAUUGGGCCAUAAAAGGAAGCUGUAUGUACGAGGUCUCGUCAAAAAGUUCUAAGCCAAUACCAACAAUUGUGAACGUGUUUUUAACUUUAUUUUUCAACAUAAUCUCCCUGCUUUUCAAUACACUUCUUAUAUCCAUAGUGAAGCUUUUAAAUUACAGUCAGAAAAAAGUUUUCUGAAGCCCAAUGAAAAACCCAUUCCCUGCAGCUUUAAGUUCAUCGUUGUUGUCAUAGCGCUUUCCACGAAGGUGUUCUUUCAGUUUAGGAAACAGGUGGAAAUCUUUUGCUGCCAGGUCUGGCGAGAAUGGAGGGUGAGGCAGCUCUUCAAACCCACAUUGUUGCACAGCAGCCUUUGCAAGUUGAGAGGUGUGAGAAGAGGCAUUGUCAUGAGGCACCGGUAAUCGUCUUUUGACUUUCUAAGUAAUCAACAAGGAUCUCACCCUUUGCAUCCCAGAUUACAGUGGCCACAACAUUCUUCACUGAUCUUGAAGACUUGAAUUUCUUUGGUGCCGUGGAUUGACGUUUUGACUCAUAGUGGUAGACCAACAUUUCAGCACCUGUUACUAAUCUCUUUUUGAAUUUGACGAAAUCCUCCACAACUAGCUCUAAAUUUUCUCUGGCAUUGUCAGCCCUUUCUUCAUCCAACGAACAGUUAUCUUAUUCAUCUGUAAAUGAUCAUAAAUAAUAGUUUCAAUGGAUCCAUGGCUUAGAUCUUUGUCUUCCUCAAGUGUCAGCAAUGGUAAUAUGUCUAUCUGACAGUAUAAGUUUUUCUAUCUCCUUAAUUGAAUCUUUAUUGAUGAAAGUUGAGUGACGUCCAGACCUAGGGUCAUCAUCAAGGCUUGUUCUCCCAGCCUUAAACAUAACUGCCCAUUGCACUACCCUGCUCAAGUUCAAACACAGUAAAAGGAAUAGCUAGGGUACUUAUCCCCAUACACUUUUUCUUUUCCAUUUCUGUGUCCAUUUGGACCCCAAUCAUGUUCAACUGGCUGUCACUAAUAUACAAACAGCCUCAACAGACCAAAUACACUUGCAAUGAACUACUCAAACAAUGUACUACAUUGACUAUUUCACUUUGUUAUGGCCCUUAGAUGAAAGUCAGACUUUGAACUUUUUGACCAGCCCUUGUACCUGUGGAAGAUUCUACCAAGCAGUCAUAAGAAAUGAAGGAGGAGAAAUUUCAAAGGGCUACUAUUUGCUGUAAACACGUUGCAAAUUCAAUUGUACAAUGUCUCCCAUUUCCUGUUGGUUGUUAACGCAGCACUCAGCAAUAUUCCAGCUAUAUGAUGGCGGUUUGUAAAUAAUCAAGUCUGGACCAGAGAAUCCAGUGAUUUAUAUCAGGAGCAAGCAUGGGUUGCUGCAGACCUCUUCUACCCAGGAUCUUCAUGGGUAUGUUGGUUGUGUGAUAACAAGUAUAUAUAGAGCCUGUGGAGUGUGACUACAGGUUCCCUGCUGGCACUCCAUGAGACAAGAUGAAGUAUUAGCUGAGGAUGCUAAUAUCAACAAAACAAACCAGUUCCUGUGUCAAACAUAUUUACUGAAUUGAAGUCAUGUAAACAUAAA